CACUUCCAGUCUUAAUUUGUAUCACAGAAGGUGAAGACACGCGGAUCGUUCACUAAGAUGACAAGAUGUGCGUUACUUCAAGUUCUUCUCCUCCUGUUAUCUGCUCGUUUUGCCUUUUCAGGUGUCCACACUCAUUAUUUCUACACGACUAUCACCAAUGAUUUGACUUCCAACAUUCCUUAUUUUAUGAUGACAAGGACAUUAGAUGGCGUCACUCUUUUCUGGUAUGACAGUGACAAUGAGGUGGUAGAACGUCGAGUGCCAUGGUUUAAAAGUCGAAAUCAAACAUUAUUGGAUGCAAGUAUUUCUUAUUAUUCAGUACAGAGAAAUUGGCAAAACUUUCUACAUAACGUUUCAAAUGUUUUCAAUCACGCAGAAAGAUACCACGUUCUGCAGAUAUUACAAGGGUGUACGCUCUAUGAUAAUGGCACAUUCCAGGCUGCAUUCACUUUGCGCUAUGACGGAAAACCAUUAAUGUCUUUCAACGUGGAGACUGCGAGAUUGAUAGCAGAGUCUCCGGAAGCUGAGGAAUUUGUAGAAAACUUUAAUUCUAAUGCAACUAUAUUACAAGAAAACAAAUUUAUUUUGCUGAAUAUGUGUACGCCACACAUAACGGAACUGCUGUCAUUGGGAAACUGCACAUUUAACAGGAAAGAGGCUCCAGUUGUGAAAGUGACUCAGGUCCCUAAAGAGAAUGCUGGAGUUAAGCUCUACUGUCGAGCAUAUGGACAUUACCCCAAGGACAUCUUCAUAAUGUGGUACAAGAACGGACACCAGAUAAGUGAGAUGAUGAUGGAAAAGCUGACCCUGCCACUUCCUGACUUGACAUAUCUGACCUCAUUAUCUUUCAAUGUUUCGGCUGUGGCUGAUGAUGUUUAUACCUGUAAGGUCAACCACAGUAGUAUGCUGCUGAAUUUCACACAAGAUCUAAGAAUUUCAGGUGAUUUUGAAAGUCUAAGCAGCACUUCUUCGAAUCCAUCUACUGGGGCGGUGAUUGCUAUCUGCCUGGCCAUCAUCCUGGCCAUCACUAUCAUUGUGUUUAGCUCAGUAUCAUUUUUAAAAAGGAGAAGACAAUGAUAUCUGUCAUUUCAAGGAAAUGUAUCGAGUAAGAGAUCCUAUUACAUUACCUGACAUGGAGCUGCAACAAUCCCCGAUAUAACAAUUCGCCAUUCCACUGGUCAAUUAGAACUGCUUGGGGGAGAAACAAUAGAUGCUAUAAUCGUUUGUCCUCUGACACUUUAUAUAUUGUUGGAAAUGCAGCAGAGCGGUGCCGCGGCAUGGGGCUCCCUUAAAGGGAAAGUGUUUUUUGUGACGCCAGUUGCAUUUCAGCAACGAGGGACUGGGUCCCCCUUUUAGUAGGUGUAGUGGUACCCAGGAUAGGAAUGACAGAGUGGUGUAAGGGUGGCCUAAUGUCCCUUGGUGGUGUUGCAUGUGUCACGGUGCUCCUACCUGGAUAUGCUGGAACCCCAAGCGUGGCCGUCCGCUGCAGUGAAAAGGGUAGUUGGGAAGGGGAUAAUGAAAUGAAUUGAGUACAGACUUGAUAUAACAUUGAACAGUAGCUUUACUUGAAUAAACUUGCAUCAGAAACAAUCUUCAAGCCCUAUCUUGGUCAUCAGCAGGUUUUGGCUUAACUUUUGGCAGGAAAACACAUUUGGCUCUGCUACAUCUGUCACUCUGACUCUGCUGUGCUAGCAGGGUUAAAUAGAAACUUGUCCUUUCUGCUGUACUUUUCUUUCUGUAGUCUGACUCUCUUUCUUUAUCUUUAUCCAGGGAACUUUUCCUCCUGGCUUCUCUGAGGCUCUUAGCGCUUUUCUCUUGUUCCAGCAGAGCUGAUGGUGCUCUGCUGGCCUAGGCAGGGCUCCCCCAGAAGGGAAGAACUCCCUCCUGCACAACCUCCCUCUUGCAGGGGGUGGACUACACACCACCUCUCCCCUAGGAGGGGAAGGCUAGACUCUCUACUGCACACAACCUCUCCCCUAGGAGGGCAAGGCUAGACUGGCCUUCACUAACUAACUAGACUCCUCCCUAUCUAGAGAGGGCUAGAAUGGACAAAAAGAUUCCAUUCUAUAUAAACUAGCUCUGCCAACAUUGCCGCCAUCUG